UCCAGGCUCCCCCAGGCACUCUUUGUGCUAUUCCUAUCUGAGGGUGUCAGAAUCCAGCCAGGGACUGCCCCAGUUCCUCUCCACGGUCCACCUGGAUGAUCAGCCCAUCACUCAAUAUGACAACAACACCAUAAAGAUGGUACCCUGGUUGGAGAUGGUGGAUACAACAAUCCUCGUGGCCCUUGAAAGGGUGUUUGGGGCUGACCUGGAGUGGCUAUCAAAACUCAACCACAAGGCUGGAGGGCUUCACACCUGGCAGGUGAGUUUGGGCUGUGAGCUCAGAGAAGACGGGAGCAAAGGAGGGUUUUUGCACUAUGGCUACAAUGGGAUGGACUUCAUCAGCUUCGACAAGGAGACCCUGAGAUGGGUGGCAGCUCAGCCCCAGGCCCAGAAGGUCAAGGAAGAGUGGGAGGAGGAUCCAGGGUUGUCUGAGAGAAACAAAGUCUACCUGGAGGAGACCUGCAUUAACAUGAUACAGAAAUACCUGCCUUACCAGAAGGAGGCUCUUCUUCAGACAGAGCCUCCAGUGGGGAAAGUGACUCUCAAGGUGGUGGACGACAGCCUGGAGGUCCUCAUCUGCCAGGCCUUUGGCUUCUACCCCAAGGAGAUCCAGACCACCUGGAUCAGGGAUGGGGAAGUCUGCCAGAAUGAGACCCUCCAUAGGAACGUGGCCCCCAACUCAGAUGGGACCUAUUAUGUCCUGCUCAGCAUUGAGAUCGACCCCAAGGAGAGGGACCACUUUCAGUGUUACCUGGAGCACGAGGGCUUGCAGGAGCCCCUGGUCUUGGCCUGGAAGGAGGAAACAGAUGGGACGUUAUUUCUUUCGGUGGGAAUUGUGAUUGUUAUAAUCUUGGGAGCUGUGACUCUCUUCCUGAUUGGCUACAGGCUGAACUACAGGAAAAAACUCCAUCAAGCAAAGAAAACUUACCUCAAUCACCUUCCUUUAGAAAAACUUCGUUCUUCCCCUACUGAUGGUGCUGAAGAUGAGUUUCAAUCACAGGUGAAGUUCCCACCCAAAACGACAUCAGAGGGUUGCUGUGGGGAGAAAACAGAGCUAAGAGGAGAGGAAACAUCUCUGAAGGCUUCCCCAGAUGCCUAUUCAAACAACAAGGAAACCUCUGGAUAUUUCACUGUGCAGGAACGUUUGAAAGAUGCUGAUGCCCCGAAAUCAGGAAUGGAGGGGCUGGAGGAAGAAGUGAGCCCAGGAACCUCAGUGGGGCCUUUAGAAGUACAAGCGGAUCAGCACUUGGCUGGAGAGGAAAGCGGAGAGACGCAGCUGCAGUUGGAGGACUCACAGACUCAGACAGAAGCCCAGGAUGGAGAAGGAUUGAAGCUGCAGUGGAUGAAGAAGGAUGAGUAGAAAUUGCCUCCUCCACCAUAGAAUGGAAGUUGGUGAGGCUACUCUAUUGCAAUUAGCCUCUUUCCUCCUAAUGAGUGAUACCAGCACAUACCAGGCUACUUAGUCCAACAUUUCAAAAAUUCAGUGUUAGAAAUAAUCCCACUUUCCUUUA